CACUACAAGAAAGUAAAGCAUCUUAGAACUGUGAGUGUCUGUGAGUGUGUGUCUCCAAGAGACUGAGUUUGUGUUUCAGAUUUUGGGAGUGCCAUUCGAGCUCAGUUGGGUCAGGGCUACUUGAUUCCUGCAGUCACUUACCACUUCCUUUUCAUACAACAUGCUAAGCAUGUUUGUCAAAUAAAAAAAAAAAGUAAUGUAAAUGUAAUGUUGUGUUUUCAUCAAAUUCCACCAUAAGCCUGAGAUACUUUAACCAUUCCCAGUCAAGAAGAGAAACUAGAAUUCCCCAAAUGAUGACCCUUAGAAAAUCAGUUCAAUUCAAAUGCUUUCUGUGCCACCAUUCUUUGGAAGCAGCCCAGUGUGCCCCAGUCUCAAAGGCAGAUUUCUGCUGUCUAGCAAUAUUAUAAUAUUCUCUGAAGGGCUGGAUUUGUGACCUUAUUGCUUUUUUUUAUCUUCAGAUAACUUAGUGUUAGUUUAAGUCUGGUGAAGGACAACAGAAAGGCUUCUACUUUAUAGCCAGCUUUAGAAAGAGGAUAAUAUCUUAAAGAAACAUAAAAGAGUUUUUACUAAUAGGCCACAUGCACACUCUCUUCCGGAUUGACACUUGCACUUCCGGUGCUGAUAUCUAAGUGCACUAGCUAUGGGGUUUUCACACGAUUGCUUCAUGACGUGACCAGACUUACAGUAAACAAUGUAACUUGCAUUAUUCAAACAUUGUGCCAAACGUCAAGAGCUACAAAGGAGAAGGGCUUCAACCUGUAUAUUUCAAGCUGAAUCUACAAUUACAAAGUCUGUGAAAGCACCAACUGUGAAUACGUCAACAUGAUGAACAACACUACUUGCUACAUAAACUUCAGCUAUAACCGCAUCCUCCUCCCAUCUUUGUACAGCAGUUUGCUCUGUUUUGGUUUGCCCUCCAACUCCCUAGCCUUGUAUGGCCUGUACCGCCUGGUGAAAGCGGAGAAUCUCCUCCCAAUUUACGUUAUGAACCUUCUCCUGUCAGACCUCUUCCAGAUGUGCACAAUGCCCUUCUGGAUUGACUACUACUGGAAAGAGCGCAAGUGGCACUUUGGAGAGACAGCGUGCCUGAUCGUCGGCUUCAUUUUCUAUGUCAGCUUGUUUGUUAGUGUUGGCUUCCUUUGUUGCAUCGCUUUGGAAAGGUACUUGGCGACUGUCCAUCCUAUAUGGUUUCACAGCCACCACCGUCUGAGGUAUGCCUGUGCGCUGUGUGCAAGCAUUUGGGUGGCAUUUGUCCUUCUCUUUUUGGCAGUGAAUACCACCCGGGGAAACGAAUCUGACUUGUGUUUUGAACACUACCCUAUAACCAAGGAACAUGCCAUCUUUAGACUGACCACCAUGACAAUGGGUUUCCCACUGCCAUUUCUUCUUCAGCUGUUCCUCUACAUAGGCAUCAGAAGAAGCCUGCACUUUGCCACCUCAGUUCCACUAAACGACAAGAAACGGAUCAACCGCUUGCUGUCACUGGUCUUGGCCUUGUUCGUCCUCUUCUUUGGCCCUUAUCACGUAAUAAGCUACGUCAGAUAUGUGUAUGUAGUUCUUCAAGAGGACUCGUGUGACUUUGAGACCAAACUGGACAUUUACUUGCAAGUAGCAAGGGGGCUUCUUAGCCUAAAUUGCCUCCUGGAUCCCAUUAUGUACAUUUUUGUAUGCCGGAAUGCACAAAAGGAAAUUCUGGCUGCUUUUCCCUUUUUAAAGAAGCCAUUCACGCUGUUGGGUUUUCAAAAGCAAUUUCAGGAAAGCCACACACACAAUGAUUUUGCCAUUAAUUCAGUGGCUGGCAGCGUAACAAGACUGUAGGGUUUCAUUGUGGUUUGUUACUCAACGGUCAAGUAAUCUUUCUUGUUUGCCAAUCAUAAAUUUGGGGAUUCUGGAUGGCCACACAAUUCGUAUGCCAACACACACAGUUUGAUGUUACCAAGGAGUGUUUUAAGAGUGCAGACCUCAGUCACCAGCAGUAGCAUUUGGGGACGAUGUAGAUGUGACUACCUAGGAACAACUGGUAGAACAACUGCUCUGAACUCAGGGACGAUGAGCUGCAAGACUGUCGUGUGUGAAGACGUGACUGACUCAACGUUUGCAUCAUUAAAGUGUGGCAUCAUGAAAAAAAAGGACUUUGAAACACCAAGCGUAGCACCAUUUACCCUUUUGGAGGCACAAAACAAAAAUUGUCCUCAGGUUACUUUGACUUCUGAACUGAAAUCAAAUGCUGAAAGGGCCAGUCUGGGGACCUGCAAUCAGCUUCCUUUCAUUUUUCUUUAAGAUGAAGUAGUUUAAUUGUGCAAAGUUCAUAGUUCAGCAGCCAUCUUUGUUUUGUGUGGAGGGGGUAUGCUUCUUACCUGCCUCCUAUGGUGUACUGGAACAUUAUGUGCUUAUUUUUUUCUUUUUUUAGGUCAUAAUAAUAUAUAACAAAUAUGAAUCAGCUAAGUUUGAACAGGUUAAAGUUAGCCAGUCUUGCCUGCCCUUGGGCACACUCAAGUACAGGCCUUUAAAUGAACUAGCUUUACGGUUCAUUUCAUGGUCGAUUACAUGUUAAAAUUUUUUGGAAAUCUGUCUUUCUAAUUUUUAUUUACGCAAAUCUGUCUUGCAGAUGUUUUAAGAUAUUCAUUUAGCUUCACAACCAGGAGGAAAAAGGGAAAUUAAAGGAGAAAUAAAUGAAAG